UUGAAACAAUGAUAGGUAUGACUAAAAUGCCAACCAAAACUGCUUGCAUACCUGUUUUGGAAGGCACCCAUACACCAUUAUGCAGUUGGAAUUAAAAUCAUAUCUGCUCCUAUGCCUAAAAUAUUGUCAAAUGAAAAUUUGGAAAAAAUUUAACUGCAAUUGUUAGUAUUUCUUGUUCAACAGAGUAUUCUAAAGUUAUCGUUUUGUAUAUUAGUGUAAAAAAAAACAGAUAGUAUUUUUCUCGAUGAUAAUAUUUCUGGUGUAAGCUAUUUGAUUGCACAUCAUGUCUUCUAUAAGUCAUCCGCAACAUAAGUGUAAUCACGAAGAGAACAGAUUUAAAGUGUGCGCGCCUUGUGGGAGAAAGAUUAAAUUCGGAUCGUCAAAACCUUCAGAAUUUAAUAUAACCGGAAAAUUGGAGUGUCUUAUUAAAAAAUACGUUAGUGAAAAUUUUAGAUUGACCAAUUCGAAGUUCCCAUUAGGCAUUUGUGGUACAUGUCGUAGGGUUCUCUGUGACCGAGAUAAGGAUAUACCAAAUGCAACGCGGCCUCUUCCAAACAUGCCUAACUAUGAAGAUUCGACAAAAGAAACAAGAACAAGUUCAUGCUCUUGUUAUAUCUGGCUCACUGCUCGGGCAACCAGCCAUCCAAAAGUUAUACAAGGGAGAGCACAUACCUUAAAUGUAUUGAGUGAAAAAAACUCCACCAAUGGGUUGACUGCUUUGUCAGUUGGGUCAGAAUUAAAAAAUCAUGCAACGACGGCUUCGGAAUGUGGUCGGAGCAAGCUGGAGAAUCCAUUCAUGGCGUAUUUUUAAGAUUUUGGCUCAAUUAUAAAGUUAAUUCGAUUGACGACCCUAAAUAUAUAAUCAAUUAAAAAAAAAACUGUCGUUGAAUUUUCAUCAAAACACAUAUGAAUUUAUAUAAAAUAAUAUUUUAUAUUGACUUUGUAAAUUUAUAAAAUUUAUGCAAUAAGAAUUAUUAAAAUAUGCAAUUAUGUAAUAUUAUCUCUUGAAUAACUAAGUUAAA